GACUGCCGCAUACGAUUACGAAGGGUUUAUUACUUUCACAACCCCCUGCAACUUCCGAACCCUUUCAUGAAUUCGACCGGCGGCCAUCCCACACCCAAAACGGCACGCCCUUUGUCGUUAAACGGGAGUUCUCUUCCAUAAUCUAAUUCAGCUUUUCAGCUUUGGGUCUUCAUCCAAAAAACUGCAACUCCCAUUCCGAUUUUUCCAUAGCAGCUUGCAGCUUUCACUUCCAGCUGCAACUCAAGCUUUAAUUUCCCUCCUCCUGUAAAGCUUCUACGAAUUAUAUUGCAUUUGGUGAUCGAAUACUGCUAGGGAUUUUGAGCGUUAUUUCGUAAAACUGGUUUCGUUUGGUGGAGGUUGAGCAUAUGGCUGGUGUACAGGAAAUCACAGCAGCCGAGUUCUUGAAGGGUACCCAUAGGCAGCAUCUAUUUUUACCCAACAGUUCUCGUGGUCGGAGAAGUCAUUGGCUAUGGGGUCGGGUUCCUAGUUCAACAAUUGGUUCUUCACAUAGGAAAAAUGUUUCAUUGAGGUGCCGGGGUCAAGUGAAGCCCAGAGCUGUGGUAUCUGGGGGUGUAAGCAGUUCAGUAGACGAGCAAUCUUCCUUGGUUGAGAAGCCUGCUGUUGAAGUUAUACAUUUUUACCGUGUCCCAUUGAUUCAGGAAAGUGCAAUAUCUGACCUUGUCAAGUCUGUUCAGACCAAAAUAUCGAAUCAGAUUGUUGGUUUAAAAACAGAGCAGUGUUUUAAUAUUGGACUUUAUUCAAAGCUUUCAAGUGAAAAGAUCUCUGUCCUUAAGUGGCUUCUUCAGGAGACUUAUGAGCCCGAGAAUCUGGGGGUUGAGAGCUUUCUUGAAAAGAAAAGAAUGGAAGGUUUGAGUAUGGUUAUAAUUGAGGUUGGGCCUCGGUUGUCAUUUUCAACAGCAUGGUCUUCUAAUGCUGUAUCGAUUUGUCGAGCAUGUGGUUUGACAGAGGUGACCCGUCUAGAACGCUCAAGGCGGUACUUAUUAUAUAGCAAGGGUCCUUUGCAAGAGCAUCAGAUUAAUGAGUUUGCUGCAUUGGUUCAUGAUAGGAUGACUGAGUGUGUCUAUACCCAGAAACUAACAUCUUUUGAGACACAUGUCGUUCCAGAGGAAGUUCGAUAUAUACCUGUCAUGGAGAAUGGUCGGAAAGCGUUGGAGGAAAUUAACAGGGAAAUGGGUUUAGCUUUUGAUGAACAAGAUCUCCAAUAUUACACUAGGCUAUUCCAGGAAGAAAUCAAGCGUAAUCCAACAACGGUGGAACUAUUUGAUAUUGCACAAUCUAACAGUGAGCACAGCAGGCACUGGUUUUUUACUGGCAAAAUAGUUAUAGAUGGACAGCCUAUGGAGAGGACUUUAAUGCAGAUUGUGAAGAGCACUUUACAAGCAAACCCAAACAAUUCCAUAAUUGGGUUUAAGGAUAACUCGAGUGCAAUUAAGGGAUUUUCUGUGAAGCAGUUGCGACCAGUUCUUCCAGGUUCAACAAGUCUGUUGAACAUAGCUUCUCAUGAUCUUGAUAUUUUAUUUACUGCUGAGACCCAUAAUUUUCCAUGUGCCGUAGCACCCUACCCUGGUGCAGAGACAGGUGCAGGUGGACGCAUAAGGGAUACCCAUGCAACAGGAAAGGGGUCUUUUGUUGUUGCAUCGACUGCUGGUUAUUGUGUUGGGAACCUCAAUAUUGAGGGUUCUUAUGCUCCUUGGGAAGAUCCAUCAUUCAAAUAUCCAUCAAACUUGGCAUCACCUUUGCAGAUCCUCAUAGAAGCUAGUAAUGGUGCAUCAGACUAUGGGAACAAAUUUGGAGAGCCCUUGAUUCAGGGCUACACUAGAACUUUUGGAAUGAGACUCCCAAGUGGGGAAAGACGAGAAUGGUUGAAACCCAUCAUGUUUAGUGCAGGAAUUGGGCAAAUUGAUCAUAUCCAUAUAUCAAAAGAAGAACCUGAAAUUGGAAUGUUGGUUGUUAAGAUUGGAGGCCCUGCUUAUCGUAUUGGAAUGGGAGGUGGGGCUGCAUCAAGCAUGGUCAGUGGUCAGAAUGAUGCGGAGCUUGAUUUUAAUGCUGUACAGCGUGGAGAUGCUGAGAUGGCACAAAAAUUGUAUCGUGUUGUCCGUGCUUGCAUUGAGAUGGGGGAGAAUAACCCAAUUAUAAGCAUUCAUGAUCAGGGAGCUGGUGGAAAUUGCAAUGUUGUUAAAGAAAUUAUUUAUCCCAAGGGUGCUGAGAUUGAUGUCCGGGCAAUUGUUGUUGGUGAUCACACAAUGUCUGUGUUAGAGAUAUGGGGUGCAGAAUAUCAGGAGCAAGAUGCAAUACUGGUGAAGCCUGAAAGCCGUGCUCUUUUGCAAUCAAUAUGUGAAAGAGAGAGGGUUUCUAUGGCUGUUAUUGGAACAAUAAAUGGUCAGGGUCGUGUUGUAUUGGUUGAUAGCUUGGCUAAUGAAAAUUGUCGUUCAAGAGGACUUCCUUCUCCUCCUCCUGCUGUAGAUUUGGAGCUUGAUAAAGUACUUGGUGAUAUGCCACAAAAAUCUUUUGAAUUCCACCGGGUAAGUAAUGUACGAGAACCACUUGAUAUUGCUCCUGGGAUAUCAUUGAUGGAUUCUCUUAAGAGAGUGCUGAGGCUUCUAUCUGUCUGUUCAAAGCGCUUCUUGACAACAAAAGUGGAUAGAUGUGUAACAGGUCUUGUAGCCCAGCAGCAAACUGUGGGGCCAUUGCAGAUUACUCUUGCCGAUGUUGCUGUCAUUGCUCAGACUUAUUCAAACUUGACUGGAGGCGCAUGUGCCAUUGGGGAGCAGCCAAUCAAAGGUUUGCUGAAUCCAAAAGCAAUGGCCAGAUUGGCUGUUGGGGAAGCACUCACAAAUCUUGUUUGGGCAAAGGUCACUUCUCUUUCUGAUGUUAAAGCUAGUGGGAAUUGGAUGUAUGCUGCCAAGCUUGAUGGUGAAGGAGCAGCCAUGUAUGAUGCUGCCAUGGCUCUUUCAGAUGCUAUGAUUGAACUUGGAAUUGCUAUUGAUGGGGGGAAGGAUAGUCUUUCAAUGGCUGCCCAUGAUGGAGGUGAGGUUGUUAAGGCUCCUGGGAAUCUUGUAAUCAGUGCGUAUGUCACUUGUCCUGACAUCACGAAAACAGUGACCCCGGAUUUGAAGUUAGGAGAUGAUGGCAUGCUACUUCACAUUGAUUUAGCAAAGGGAAAGCGUCGAUUAGGUGGAUCUGCUUUUGCCCAAGUUUUUGACCAAAUUGGGGAUGAGUGUCCUGACCUUGAGGAUGUUUCUUAUCUUAAAACUGCUUUUGAGUGCACUCAAGGCCUGCUUGCAGAUGAAGUGAUAUCUUCUGGUCAUGAUAUCAGUGAUGGUGGGUUACUGGUAUGCGCCCUAGAGAUGGCAUUUGCUGGGAAUUGUGGUGCUGUUUUGAACUUGACUUCGCAUGGGAAGAGCCUAUUCCAAACACUUUUUGCAGAAGAGCUUGGUCUCAUUAUCGAGGUUAGCAAGAAAAACUUGGACAUUGUGAUUGGAAAGCUAAGUAGUGAAGGUAUUUCUGCUGCCAUAAUUGGACAAGUAACUGCUGCACCUACGAUAGAAUUGAAGGUUGAUGGUGUAACUCAUUUAAAUGAGAAAACUUCUUUCCUUAGGGAUAUUUGGGAGGAAACUAGUUUUCAGUUGGAAAAGGAUCAAAGAUUGGCUUCCUGUGUUGAUCUAGAAAAAGAGGGGUUGAAAGCUAGGCAUGGGCCUUCAUGGGAACUGUCCUUCACUCCUUCCUUAACAGAUGAAAAGUAUAUGACUGCAACUUCUAAACCUAAAGUGGCUGUGAUUCGAGAAGAAGGCAGCAAUGGGGACAGAGAAAUGGCUGCUGCAUUUUAUGCUGCUGGUUUUGAGCCAUGGGAUGUUACAAUGUCAGAUCUUCUUAAUGAAUCCAUCUCAUUGCAUGAGUUCCGUGGAAUUGCAUUCGUUGGAGGUUUUAGCUAUGCUGAUGUUCUUGGUUCUGCAAAAGGUUGGGCUGCUUCAAUACGAUUUAGACAAUCCCUUCUGAACCAAUUUCAGGAGUUCUCCAAGCGGUCAGACACUUUUAGUCUAGGAAUUUGUAAUGGGUGUCAGCUUAUGGCUCUAUUGGGCUGGAUUCCUGGUCCCCAAGUUGGUGGUGUGUUUGGUAGUGGUGGAGACCCAUCUCAACCACGGUUCAUUCAUAAUGAAUCGGGACGGUUUGAGUGCCGAUUCACAAGUGUGACGAUAAAAGACUCACCAGCAAUAAUGCUUAAAGGAAUGGAGGGUAGUACGUUGGGGGUGUGGGCUGCCCAUGGUGAGGGAAAGGCGUAUUUUCCUGAUGAUGCUGUUUUUGAUCGUGUGCUUCAUUCAAAUUUGGCCCCAAUAAGGUACUGUGAUGAUGAUGGGAAUGAGACAGAGCUUUAUCCUUUCAAUCUGAAUGGCUCUCCCUUAGGAAUAGCUGCAAUUUGUUCGCCAGAUGGAAGGCAUCUUGCCAUGAUGCCUCAUCCAGAGCGCUGCUUCUUAAUGUGGCAAUAUCCAUGGUAUCCAAAACAGUGGAAGGUAGACAAAAAAGGCCCUAGCCCAUGGUUGAAGAUGUUUCAAAAUGCCAGAGAAUGGUGUUCUUAAGAUG